AUGAACUGUGCUAGCAAAGGCCUCAUGUUACAAUGGGUAGGGUCGUACGAUAUUCGACCACGCAUGCUUAAAUAUACUCGAUCACUUCGCACCAGCGCUUUGGUAAUAAAUUCUCAAGUACGCUUUUACAGAGCAAAGCGAGCAUCACUGAAGUCUAUUCCUCAUAUACCUGGAAUUAUAAACAAGAACGUUGUGGAACCAAAUGAACCGGAAAAAAUCCUCACUUUGAAAGGGGAAACGCCUGAGGAUGUCGAGCGUAAUUUAAUUGCUAGCAAAAAAUUCCAAGAGAUCAACCCAUUAGACACUAUUCAAGAAACUUUUGUACAAUAUUUGAAAUUUUACAAUGGAAAUACGUUUAAGAGAAGUAACAAAAACUUAACAACUUUAAAAAUAAAUCUAGAAAAUAAAGACCUGGAUACUACUGCAAAGAUCCGUUCAAUUUUUGACUAUUUGUUGGAGGAAUGUGACCUAGAAAUAAAGAGAUCAAGUACAACUGGCAUAAGUCAGAAAUCCGAUGAAUCACAAAAAAAUGAAGAGGACUUGGAAGAGUCCAUAAUGAAUGACAUUUUCCAAGCAACGCAGGAAGAAGUCGAAACUGAGGAGGGAAGCAUAUGUCUAAAGAGUACAAAUUUUUUGCUUGAGAUUUUAAAAAGUUUUAACGAACGGUUUAACGGCGUUAUUAAACCAAAGGAAUCAGUGACAGAAAUGAUUACAUUCGACCAGCUUGCUCAGGCUUUUGAAGUCGUCAAAUUGAUACCGGUGGAAGGAAAGAAGCAACGAGGUAUAUACUUAGUUGGCAAUUUACUAUAUGGCACUGGUAAGGUUCGUUUGGAUCCUAUAAACGAGUCCUUCUAUAUCGAAUCCCUAUUGUCAUUUGGAAACUACAAGAAGGCGUAUAACUUAUUCAUUACCGCUAAAGACAAAGUAGAUGAACGGUGGUGGAAUGAAUUAGGACUAAUGAUCGCGUUAAGGUCCAACCAUUUGAGAAACUUUAAAAGACUUUUGAUUGAGACAGAUAUGAAGUACCCAACAGCGCACUCUUACUUAAGUCCAAGAGUUAUUAAACUGGGGGUACGAAAAUAUUUAUCGAUCGGUAACGUUAAUGAGGCAAAUACAUUGACUGAUCGAUUUAUCAGAUUGGCAGAAGAAGUCGGGGUUACGAGAAUGAACAAUCAGCAAAUGGAGCUCACAAAAAAGUCCAGAAAUUUUCAAAAUGAGGAACAGGCGACUCAGUUUUUAAAUGAAUUAGAAAUACCAUCAGACCACGAUUAUAUUAGUAUUAUUGAUUUCCAUCUUUACAAAAAAAAUAUUUCUAAAGCCGCACAACUUAUUAGCAGAUUCAUGGACAUACCUGACACAACACAAGAAAACGUCACGUUUUUGAUUUUGAAGACAAAAUUAAAUAUGUUAAAGGAUUUUGAAAAUUUGCGUAACAUAUUUGAACACAAUGGAGGUUACGAAAUAUCCACAAACAACCUCAAAAUAUUGGAAGAAGCGUUUGAAAGUGUGAUUGCAAAGUACAACACUAAAAAUCCAAUAUUCAGUGACUUGUUGUUCGACAAUGUUUCUGCUUUAACGAAAAGUAUUAUAUUAACGGAUUUCGUGGAAAGUUUUGUAGCCCAGCAUAAUUCUGGAGAAUGGAUGAAGCUUGAUAGCGUUUCACGUUCCAAGAAAUUCAAUGGCUUGUUGAACAUUCUUUUAGGUAUGGGACAAGAAGAAAAAGCCUACAGCAUCUUAAGGAAGUUAGAAGAAUCGUCAAAUAAAGCAAAAGAGGACCCAAAGUUACUUUAUAGCCAAUUUUAUUCUGAGGUUAACGCGUAUCAUUAUGCUAAAUUUGUUGAAUUUUACAGUCUCCAAAUCCAAAAUAUGAAAUCACAGAAAAGAUUCUUACUUGACAAAAAGGAAUGUAAGGAAAAAGUGAAUGCACUUCUAAAAAGAAUGCAGGAGUUAGAGGUUGUUCCAAACGCAGUAUUUUUGAGAGAAACACUUGCCUUUUAUGAUCGACUAUAUGAUUUCAAUUCAAGCUUCGAGAUUAUAAACCCAUUACUAGAGUCCAAGCAAAGUGUAAGUUCCGAAUCUUCGUUAUCCGCUUCAGAUCCUUCCCACUUUUAUAACCGUCGUAUCAUUACAAAACCGUUAUACUAUGAGAUUUGGUCAGUUUAUUGCCAUUAUUACCAUAUCCUACAAAACAACUCUAAUAUAUUAUCGAAAAAAUCAUCCAUUGUGAAAAAAUUAAUCAAGAAGCAGAUAAAAAUACAUCCCAGUUGUCAUCCAAGAACUUUGUUUCAAAUGAUGACGUGCGAGGGUGAAAUUUUACCGGAUAAAGCUUUUUAUAAAUUAAUAAUUUCCACGUUUAUGAAAAGCGAAGACUUUGAAGCCAUUCCAGCUAUAUUGACAACUCUCACGAAAAAGCAUGACUUGGAUAUCGAUUAUGAUUUUAGUGUAUAUAUAUUAAAGGGCUUGAAAAGACAAUAUCUACGAAACAUAAGCAAUGCUAGUAAAGAUGCUUAUGACUAUAAAAACCGAAAGAUGAAACUGAUGAAUAACGAGUCGCUCCUGAAAAGAAUUCCACAAGGCAUAAAUAAAGAUAUGAUGAUAUCUCACUUGAUAAGGGAAAUUUUGAUUUAUAUCAAGUGGAAAGAAGAUAGCGAUUAUUGUAGCUUUUUGAUGGUGGAAGAUGCCUUUAGGRAAUUAGGCGCUGAGUCUAUUUUAUUGAAGGAGCUGAUCGAAGAUGUGAAUAAAAUAAAGAUAAAUGUCUGA